UAUGUGUGUUUGGCCUAUAUGUACAUAUGUGACCAAGGUCAGAAGAGGGCAUCAAAUCUCCUGGAACUGGAGUUAUGGAUAGUUGUGAAUCACCAGGCUCGGAUCUCAGUGACUUUGCCCAUUUCCAAACUACCAGACACAUCCUCCAAGCAUGAAAAUCUACUUUUCCCGAAGUUAGACAGGACCUUCUGACAGCCUUGAGCCACCACAUAAGGAGACUCUGAAGAAUGAUUGAACAUGGCUGCUGAGGCCUGUUACCUCUGAAGCGCCAUGUCAGAAGGCGGGAGCAAGGACAGCUCGGGCAGCGAGUGCCCUGUGUGCUACGAGAAGUUCCGGGAUCUGGAGGGCGCCAGCCGGACUCUGAGCUGCGGCCACGUGUUCUGCCAUGACUGCCUGGUCAAGUACCUGCUCUCCACCCGGGUGGAUGGCCAGGUGCAGAGGACUAUCGUCUGCCCCAUCUGCCGCUAUGUCACCUUCCUCAGCAAGAAGAGCUCCCGCUGGCCCUCCAUGCUGGACAAGAGCGCACAGACCCUGGUCGUGCCUGUGGGCCUGCCCUCCGUGCCCUCACCAGACCGUGGGGGCCACACAAACCCCCUGGUUAUUUCCCACCAGGUCUGGAGACAAUCACCAAGCCAGGGAGCUCAACUCCCCUUGGACCUGCUGCCCAGCCUGCCCCGAGAGUCACAGAUUUUCAUCAUCAGUCGCCAUGGGAUGCCCCUGGGGGAACAGGACAGUGUGCUGCCCCGACGCAGCCUGGCAGAGAUAUCUGAGGCCUCGCCGGCUCCCAGUGCCACCCGUUCUUUCUGCUGCCGGUCUCGGGCCCUCCUGCUCAUCACCCUCAUUGCCGUGGUGGCUGUGGUAGCUGCCAUCCUGCCCUGGGUGCUGCUGGUGAGGAAGCAGGCCUGAGUGGCGGUAUGCAGAGGACAGGGGAGCAAGGCCCAGUAUCUAAGCAGUGCUCCAUGCUGUGCUGGCCACAGCUUGAGAGGCCAGAGGGUCCUAGUGUAGACCUGGUACGAUUAAGCUGCAGAGGGAGGUCCUGGACUCAGAGUGGACACGGGUGGGGCCAGAUUGGGAGGUUAGGGGCUUUGUCCCCACCCUUUGCAUCCCUUGUCAGUGAGGGCUUUGGCAUGAGGAGAGGCUAGGAACAGAGAUGCUCUGAGGCUAGCACUGAAGGGCCAACACCCCAUUUGUGGCCCCAUAAGCAUCCCCAACAAAUACUCCUUCUCUAGGCUGGAACUUAGCAAGCUAGAAGCUGGGUGGCCGGCCACUGCGCUCCUACAGGGUCAUAAACCUUAUCUGCCAAGUAACCAACCUGAAGCCAGGGAGACCUCCUAGUCCUGCCAGGUGGGAGCCCAGUGGAAGGCCUGUCCCAGGGAAUUCAGAAUUCCUGCCCACGGGGUCCUCUACACUAGGCCCAGGAAGAAACAGAAAUUGACACAGGGUCCUAAACCCAGCUUCCCAGCUCUAAGCCUCAUGUAUGAGCCUCCAGCAGCCUCUGCUAAGUGUCCUAUCUCCAACCCAUCAUCCUGAAAGAAGAAGAUGAUGCUCUCAGAAGGUUUAGCCCAGGAUGGGGGCGGGGAGGGGGCAACAGAGAAAGGGUUUUCUGGGUAGUCGAGACAACAGGAAACACUUGUGAAAGAGGCGGCUGUUGAGAGAAUAGCCCCAGCCCCAGAGGUUUCUGUAACCUGCCAGGUCAAAGGAGCAGACCUGAUUUCGAGUCUUAGGGUUCUCAAGGGUGAAAUAGAAGACCAGGGGGUGGAGGGGACGCCCUCCAGGUGAGACUUGAGUCAGCAGAGAGCUAUGUGAGCAAAUUAGCCCCCGGGGGCUCCCACCUUCCUCCCUGGCCGAGGCCACCUCCUCAGGAUCCAAACAUUCAUUAGAAGUCACACCAGCUGGGCCAGUUUCCCAGGUGGAUUCUCCAGGGCUGAGCAGGGUGAGGAAGGGCGGGGAAGAGAGCAGCUGAGCUUGUCAGCUGUCUCAACAGAUGCUGGGAGCCAGGCGCGGCACCCUGGAGCGGUUGGGCACCUCGCUGACGCAGCCACCUAUAAGGAGAGCCUCAGAGUGGGUCUCUCUUGAGGAAGUCCUCAAGGAAGCUAAUCCCUUGUCACUGAAAACAGGGACUUCCAGGACACUGGUACUGAUAGGAGGGGUUUGGCAUCCAGGGUGUGCCAGGAGCUGAGUCCAUCCACAGCUCACUAUCUGUGUGGAAGGAAUCAACGCUUUGUCUCUGAGCUACUUCUCGGGUGUCAUUCCUGUGGUUGACAUCUGGGGACCAUCAGAGAAGAGCCUCACCCUACAAGGGAUGUUCAAGACAAAAUGGCUGUUGCCUUCAGGGGCCCACCAGUGGAUUUAGACUUCUUUUAAGACUAGAGAACACAGGUGCUGUGCAGAUGUGGAGGGAAGAGGUGGAUUGAGGGUGGGUAGGGGGCGAUAUUUAUUAUAGAAACAAAAGGAACUUUGCAGACGUGUGUCCCCCUCGGCCAGGCUGCGCUAACCAGUGGCAUGAGAGUCUCGGGAACUGAUUCACAGCCUUCGGGAUCCUGCCGAGUUUGCAGAGGCUCUUCCCAAAUGCCUGUGAUGUUUUCAUGUUGUUCAGCUGCAGCUUGUACAGGGUACUUCUUUCAUUUUCAAAUAAAGAUGGA